UAAUAUUAAUUAUUUUUGUCAAUUAUUUGAUAAAUCCAUAUUUAAUUGAAGCACAAAACACUGAUGGUACAAAUGAAACCACAACGACAACAAUAGCACCAUCAACAUCAACAAUAGUGUCUACAACAGGCACCAACAACAACAAUAUUAAUUCAUCAUUAACCACCAAUGGUAGUUCUGUAUGUGCCAGAGCCGGACUCACAUGUUUAGAUUGUGAAACAUUACAAUAUUGUACAAAUGCAAAUGAUGUACAACCAUUAUUUACAGUUACUUGUGCCAUACAAACAUCCAAUCAAAAUCCAUAUUGUUCACAACAAUUAAAUCAAUGUGUGAAUCGUAAUACAUGUCAACAAUCACAAGUACCAUUAUUAUCAUGUUCACAACCUGGACGCCAUCCAGAUCCAAUGGAUUGUACACAAUAUGUACAAUGUACUAGAGAAGCAAACGGUAUGUUGGUUGGUUAUCCUGUGAAAUGUUCUUCUGAUAGUAGUUUAAAAUACAGUCAGCGAACUCAAUCCUGUGGAUCAAAUCCAUGUUUAGAAAUGCCAAAAUAUUGUAUAUUUAAGCCUGGUAAAAUUGUUGCGUAUCAACCAUAUCCCAAUAUUUAUGGAAAAUGUCCGGAUAAUGGUUCUGCCAAUAAUGGAAAUAUACCUUUAGCAAUGUGUCCUGGUCAAUAUUCAUUUAAUGAACGAACUGGACAAUGUGAGCCUACAUGUACACAAGUGGGGAACAUCCCGUCAAAUGAAGACUGUCAUGCAUAUUACUCGUGUGGUCAAGGAUUCUUAACUGGAUUUUCAAUUGUUUUAAAUAAUUGUCCCAGUGGAUUUGGUUAUAAUCCAGCUACACAGCUUUGCGAUCAAGCGUUUAAUAAUUGUACGAACGAAGCAAAUUAAAAUUUUUUUAACUGUGGAAAAUUAUUUAAGCA